AUGUCAUCUAUAACUUAUGUAAACGGUGGUAUUGCUUCAAAUGAUGAUAUAUCAAUUCCAUCUAUUCUUCCAUCAUCAUCCGGAGCAAUAAUUCAACAUCCAUAUUUAACAUCAAAUACAAAUGCUGCUUAUGCAGCUGUAGCUGUAGCAGCUGCUGCAUCAUCAGCAUCACCAUCAUCAUUAGGUCAAUAUCAACAUUAUUAUAGUCACCAAUUACCUCAACAACAACAACUUUUACAUGUUCAACAAACAUCCUCAUUUUAUCCAACAACAACAACAACAGCAACAAUAAAUCAUCUUCAACAUCAUGGUGAUUUUAGUAAUUCAUCAUCAUCUGCUGCGUCAUCAUCAAGUUCAAUUGAAUCAUCACGUAAACCAACAAAUCGUAAACGACCAACAGAUAAAACAACAAAAUCUAAUGUCAAACGAAAACCACCAAAUAAUGAUGAAGAUGAAUUUGAUGAUGAUGAUGAAGAAAAUAAAUGUUAUUUACGUGGUACAUCUUUAUCAAAUACAAUCAUAUCUAAUAAUAAUAAUAAUAAUAAUAAUCCAAAUAAUGGUACAAUAGGUGACGAAGAUAAAGAAAAACAAGCUCGUGAAAAUCAUUGUGAAAUUGAACGUCGUCGUCGUGUUAAAAUGGCUACAUAUUUUGCUGAAUUAUGUGAUAUGGUACCAGCAUGUUCAAAUUUAGCACGUAAACCUGAUAAAUUAACAAUUUUACGUAUGGCAGCACAAUUUAUGAAAACUUUACGUACAAAUAAUAAUUCAUUAUCAUUAAAUUCAGCACAAAUAUCUCAACAACAAGAUAUACAUAAACCAUCAUUUCUUAAUGAUAAUGAAUUAAAAUAUUUAAUGGUUGAAUCAUGUGAUGCAUUUUUAUUUGCACUUAAUUGUGACAAUUUACGUGUUAUAUAUAUAAGCGAUGCUAUACAACAUAUACUUUCAUAUACAUGUCAUGAUUGGUAUUCAAGAUUUUUUUAUGAUUUUGUUCAUCCGGAUGAUGUUGAAAAAGUACGUGAACAAUUAAAUUUACAAGCACAAGAUGGAAGUCCAAAUGGAAAUGGUAAUGGUAGAAUUUUAGAUCUUAAAACUGGAACGGUUAAAAAAGAUGGACAUUCUUCAGGUGCUCGAUUAGUUAGUUCAAAACGAUCAUUUAUCUGUCGCCUUCGUGUUGGUUCAACUAAUACACUUGAUCAUACACAUCAAAAUCCAUUUAUAAAUCCAUGUGUAUUACGUCGUCGUCAUCGUACAUCUCUUGGUCCAUCAAUUGAUGGUCAUCUAUAUGAAGUCGUACAUAUAAGCGGUUAUAUUCGAAAUUUAAAUACUCAUCAUCAUUCAUCAUCACAUCAUGAUAAUACAAAUCAUCAUCCAUCAUCAUCAAAUUCUAAUGGUCAAAUGGCAUUUAUAGCUAUAGCUCGUAUACAAAAUUCAUGUUCACCAAAUGUUAAUGAUUUAACAAAUGGUUCAGUAUCAACAUAUAAUUCUAUAACAACAGAAUUUACAUGUCGUUGUCAUUGGGAUACAGGUGAAAUAUUAUUUGUUGAUCAACGUUGUACACCAAUAAUUGGUUAUAAAACUCAUGAAUUAUUACAUAAAUUAAUAUAUGAACAAAUACAUCCUGAUGAUCAAAUUAAAUUUCAAGAUUUAUAUAAACGAACAGUAACACAAAAAAAUUUAUUAAAUACAUCAACAAAUUUAACAAAUAUAAUUAUACGUUUUCGUACAAAUAUUGAUAAUGAAUAUGUAUCACUUAAAACAUCAACAUAUGCUUUUUGUAAUCCAUGUACAGAUGAUAUUGAAUUUAUAAUUGUGACAUUUUUAUCAAUACAACCAACAACAACAACACCAACAACAACAACAAAUAAAACAUCUGUUAUUACAAAUUCAAAUGAUUAUAAUCGACAAACAUAUGAUACAUAUUCAAGAGCAACAACAACAAAUCAAAAUUCAUCUAUUAAUUAUACAUCUCAAUCACCAACAACAUAUAAUAAUCAAGAAGGACAAGAUUAUUCAAUAGGAAAUGGAAAUAUUAAUGGACGAACAUUUGUAAGUAAUAAUGGAGGUUCAACAUGGGCAUCAGCUAAUGAUAAUUGGACAACAACAACAACAACAUCAGAAAAUAAUUCACAAGUAUCAUCAACACCAAAUUCUGAUUAUGUUGAUACACAAACAAAUCUUGCACUUUAUCAUCAAUAUCAUCAGUAA